UCUUAUCUCCGUGCGUGCAGUGCCAGCCACUGUGCACAAGUGAUGAUGGCAGCGCAGGGGGUCGAGUUCCCGCACUACAUAGUUGGCUGGUCACGUGAUGCUCCAGAUCAAUUCUUCAAAAUCCAAUGUGAGGCUGAUUGGUAGAUGUGUGCCUCGGCAGUGCAGGGGUUUGGCUACUGUUUUCAGUGCUCCACGCUUUUGCUCUUUGCCGGCUACAGAUGCCCGCGCUGUGUACACUGGGGGCAGAGGUGAUGCUGAGGUUCAUGUGGUGGAUCUGCGCAGUGAUACAGUAUCCAAGCCCUGUGCAGAGAUGAGAAGAGCAAUGGCUGAGGCGGAGGUUGGAGAUGACGUGUAUGGGGAAGACCCCACUGUGAAUGAGAUCCAGCGUCAUGCUGCUCAACUGCUUGGAACACAAGAUGCUCUCUUUGUGACAAGUGGGACCUUGGGAAAUCUGGUCUCAGUGAUGGGUCACUGUCGGAUCAGAGGGGCAGAAGUCCUGCUUGGGGAUGAGUCUCACAUGUACAUAUAUGAACAGGGGAACGCUGCAUCGGUUGCUGGAGUGUUUGCCCGUCCCGUAAGAACAUUGAAAAACGGGUGUCUAGACCUGCAAGAUUUGGAGAGUAAAAUCCAGCAUGGAUACCCUGAUGUACACUAUGCACAGACACGCCUCAUAUGCCUGGAGAAUAGCCACAACCGUUUGGGGGGACGUGUGCUACCUUUGUCAUACAUGAAGGAGGUGCGGGAUCUUGCAGAUCGCUAUGGGCUGAAAGUCCACCUGGAUGGGGCACGGCUUCUAAACGCUGCUCAGUCGCUGGGGGUGGAGCCAGCACAGAUUGUUCAAUUCUGUGAUUCUGUAUCUCUCUGCCUUUCCAAAGGGCUCGGGGCUCCAGUGGGCUCAUUAGUUGGAGGGCAGACAGACUUUGUUGCUGAGGCUCGCAGGACAAGGAAGCUGCUUGGAGGGGGAAUGCGGCAGGCUGGAAUACUUGCAGCUGCUGGCUUGGUAGCAUUGAAUCGUGCACAAGAAAAUGUGAAAUUGGAUCAUCAUCAUGCAAAAACCUUUGCUAAAGCUGUGCAGGAAUUGGGCUCCCCAGUCUGCUCCGUGGACCCGGCCAUCGUGGAGAGUAACAUGGUUAUGCUGACACUCCCAGAUAAGCUUUCAGGGGAGGAGCUGUGUGCUCAGCUGAGUGAAGUCAGCACUGCAGAGCUACAACAUGGACAAGCAGUGGCUGUUAAAGCUCUAGCCUUCUCAUCUCGCCUCGUGCGUCUUGUCUGGCAUCGUGAUAUCUCAGAACAAGAUACCCUGCGGGCAAUAGACAAACUCAAAUAUGUGCUUCAAAAAUGAAAUGCAAAAAGAACCUUCCCUAGGAAGUAUUAUACCGAAA